GCAGUCGGCAGUCAGUCGGCCAACGAGCUCCGGCGAACACAGAUCGAUCUUUGGCUUCAGAUUAUUCCGAGUUUUGCCCAACCGCAGAGGAUGCGAUUGUAUAGCCUGCUGCCGCUCCUGGCGCUCCUCGUCGUCCAGGCGGCCGGACAAAGUCCAGUAAACGCUGAUGAUCCUGCAACGGAUGCUGGCACAACGACCAACUCCACGGCGGACACCAGGCCAAGGAUUCCCAGUCGGGAUGAGAUCCUUGGACAGAUGCCGCCCAUUCCACCCAUCCGCACUGGCAGUGCCCCGAUGGACGCCUUUUACAUGAUGUUCCCGGCGCUGGGCAGCCUGCUGCGUUGGGGCAGCCUCUUUCCCGCCCAAUCGAUCCUGGGCGCCAUUCCCGAUAGCCUGCAGCCCACAGCGGCGGCCUCCAAGGUGGUGCUCGUCCUGGCCGAUGAUGCGACGUCCAAGACCCGAGUUACCCGCCAGAAUACGCCGCCGAAUCCACUUGGCCAGCUGAUGAAUUGGCCCGCUCUGCCGCAGGACUUCCAACUGCCCACCAUGGACCUGGGACCGCAAGUGGGCUCCUUUUUGGCCCAACUGCCUCCAAUGCCCGGUCUUCUGGGUGCCCCCGCUCCAGUUCCUGAUCCAGCUCCUGCUGCAGCUCCUCUUCCCGCUGCUGCUCCACCCCCAGCACCUCCAGCAUCCAUACCCAAUUCAGAUGCCAUGCCAGCCAUCCUGGGACAAUCCGCUCUGCAGAACGCUUUCCCCUUCCUUAACCCGUCCAACUUUGAUGCCUCCAGUCUUCUGGGCCAGAAUCUGGGCCAGAGUCUGGGCGCUCCUCCCAACUUUGAUUUCGUGGCGCAAAUGCAAAGGCAGUUCUUUCCGGGAAUGACGCCAGCACAACAACCAGCUCCAGCUGGCACGGAUGCCCAGGCCUCCGACAUUUCCGAGGUGAGGGUACGUCCUGAGGUGCCCUACUCGCAGGAGGCCCAGAUGUCGCUGAUGAAGAUGAAAUCGGCACUGGAAGCGGAGCAGGAGAGGCAGCAACAGGUACCGGUCAAGGAUCAGGAGCAAGUGCCUCUCUUGUGGUUCCGAAUGCCCACCACACAGAAUGAGGAUGCGACUGAGGAGAAGACACUGGAGGAUCUGCGGGUGGAGGCGAAACUGAGGGCCUUUGAGCGCCAGGUCAUAAGCGAGUUGAAAAUGCUGCAGAAGAUCGAACUCAUGGCCAAGCAGAUGAGGUCCAGUGCCACCGCGCAGAAUGCCGAUUCACCCUACAGGAUCAGCUAUCCCCUCAAUCGUACACCCAUUCACAAGAUCACCCGUGCGGACAUUGAGCAGGCCCUCCGCGAUGACUACGUCCGCCGGCUGGUCAACAAGGAGGCGCAACGCAAGGCCCGGACUUCCGGCAUCAACAACCAGAAGGCAAAUGCCCUGAAGCGACAGGCCAAGUCACAGGAUCAGGCCAUGUCCAAGGAGGAAAUUGUCCAGUUGAUGGCGUAUGCCUAUCGCAUGGCCAGCGAGCAGAUGGAGAGUGAGAAGGGUAAGCAGGACAAGGUUUACGCGGCCUUCAAGACGGAACAGAAUCCAAUGAUGAUGGAGCAGAGGCAAUGGUCCGAGGAGCAGGCCAAGAUCCAACAGAAUCAGCAGCAGAUCCAGCAAAAUCCAAUGAUGCAGCAGAGGCAAUGGACGGAGGAUCAGGCUAAGAUUCAACAGCAGAUCCAGCAAAAUCCAAUGAUGCAGCAGCAGAGGCAGUGGACGGAGGAUCAGGCUAAGAUCCAACAGACUCAGCAGCAGAUGCAGCAAAAUCCUAUGAUGAUGCAGAGGCAAAUGGCGGAGGAUCAGGCCAAGAUCCAACAGAAACAGCAGCAGAUCCAGCACGAACAACAGCAGAUGCAGCAAAACCCAAUGAUGAUGCAGCAGAGGCAAAUGGCGGAGGAGCAGGCCAAGAUUCAGCACGACCAACAGAUGGCCCAACAGAUGGCACAGCAAGGUCCCAUGAUGAUGAUGGAGCAGAGGCAAAGACAGUGGUCGGAAGAGCAGGCCAGAGCUCAGCAGGCUCAACAGAUGGCCCAACAGACACCCAUGAUGAUGCCACAGAUGCAACAAAGACAGUGGACAGAGGAACCCCAAAUGGUGCAGCAGAUGCAACAGAUGCAGCAGAGGCAGUGGGCCGACGAUCAGGCCAGGAUGCAAAUGGCGCAGCAAACUCCAAUGAUGCAGCAGCAGCAGCGAAAGAUGGCGGAGAAUCCACAGAUGAUGCAGCAAAGGCAAUGGACCGAGGAGCAAGCCAAAAUCGAACAGGCACAGCAGAUGGAGCAACAGAAUCAAAUGAUGAUGCAGCAGAUGCAGCAAAGACAGUGGACCGAGGAUCAGGCCCAGAUGCAGGAGCAGCAGAGACAGAUGAUGAUGCAGCAAACGCCCACGAUGAUGAUGAAGCAGCGCCAGUGGGCGCAGGAGAAUCCACAGUCUGUCCAGCAGCAAGGAGCCACCAUGAUGAUGAUGCAGCAGCAGACGCCAGCGAUGAUGCAGCGUGCAGUGGAGGCGGACCAAGAUGGUGAGGCAGUGGAGGAUCAGCAGGUGGGCGAGGCGGGACCCCAAAUGCCGGAGAACGAGAGCGGCGCCAGGCACAAAGUCGAUGCCCUGGGCGUUGGCGGCAACAAGCGCAAGAAGUCCAAGUCCAAGUCGGCGCCGCCAACGGUGAUCAACUAUUACUAUGCGGCUCCCCAGCCCCGUCCGGUGGUUCCGAGUUACGGCACAAGUUACGGCGGAGGUGGCUACGGAUCCAAUGCCUAUGGGGUGCAGCGUCCAGUCAAUGUCUAUCAAAGUCAAGGCUAUCGGGCUGCCGUGGGUAACGACGAGGUGGAUGACAUGCUGCGCCAGCACCAGACAAUGGCCAGGACACUAAACCAGAUACAACCAGGCCAUGUCGCUGGAUCGGAGUGGCAGAAGAGCAGCUCUAAUCCGCCAACGACGUUGACCCCAGCUCCACAGGAGCCAACACCACCGCAAGAGCAUCGAGUCCACAAAAGUCCAUCAUCAGCACCAUCUGCAUCUGCAUCUGCAUCUGCAUCUGCAUCUGCAUCUGCAUCUGAAUCUGAAUCCGAAAUCGCAAUCGAAAACGCACCAUCAUCUGACCCCCAAGUGGGUUCCAUUUUCACCUACGACGAGGGUUUGCUGCAUCCAUUCAUGGGUCUGCUGCCGGUGGAUAGGCCCGAUGAUCCCUGGAACCAGAAGCCAUACGAUCCACACCAUCCUCUCUACACCGGCGGUGGCAGCUACGCCGCCUAUCUGAGGGACAGUCGCCGUCGAAGGGACACCCACAUCAUGGGCCAGGGGUCACAGCAUGGCAUCCUAACACCCGGCAUGUUGGAGCGACUUCUGCGCAUCAAGAUGGAUUUCCAGCGCAGAUUUCCCCAUCUGUACAAGGGCAUGCUGAAUCACCACACGAAUCUCACCCGCGUGGAGGUACAGCCGCCGGUUCUGGGCAAGAUUUCCAAGUCAACCACCAAGACCAAGACGAAGACCAAGACGAAGACCAAGAGUAAGGAUGAGUUGGAUGAACCCGUCUUCGAAUUGGCAGCCGCAGAGCGUAGCCUGUUCGAGGACGAGGUUAAUGAUUCGCUGGAGAAGGAUGCCGAACCAGAACCGGAACCGGAUGAGCAGGAUGACCGGGAUGAACGGGAUGAGCGGGAUGAGCGGGAUGUGGAGGAGCCCAGCGAGAGCAGCGAACCCAGGGGAUUCAGCAUCAGCAGCAGGAAAGACCGGGAUGACAACGACAUCGAUUACUUCAACUUCGAUGACGAUGAUGUUGAUGAUUAGACUUUUAAUUUAAUUGCCAAUAAAAAUAAAUACUAUUAAUGUAAAA